AUGUUUCAGAAAAUAAAAAGCUAUAAAAAAAACACUCAAAUAAAUGUUGAUGUAUCUAAAAAAGAUAAAGGAAUUAUUUCUAGGGGUGAAAGUUUGAGAAGAAGGUUGAGUGCCAUAAAGAAACAAAAAAGGGAUAUUGAACAAAUGGUUACUUUAAGCGAAGCAUAUUCAAUAAUUCAUUUAUGUGCUGGGGAAGUUUUAUCAAGAGGAUUAGGUGAAGAGAAUUUAUUCUCGCCCGUUGAAAGUGAGGAUAACCCUGAUGAGGUCAGGUACCUUAUCAAUUGCCUUCUACGUGAUAAUCGUACGGAAUUCGAAGAUGAACUCAAGUUUCAAGACAUUCGUAAUGUAGUCGCCGGUAUUAGGUGGACUCUAAGAAAAUGUGUCACUAAUGUAGUGUCAUAUAAAGAUUACCAAACCUUUGUUCGUCUAGAAAGUGGUAUAUUCAGUAAAUUUGUAUCUAAUCUUUCAAAAGCAAGCCAGGCAAUCCUUUUGGAAUUAUUUGAAUUAUUUUCACAAGUUAUGACUCAUGCUCAUAUAAACAAAAUUCCUGCUCAAAGAAUAAUUAAAUCAAUGGCACAUUUUAUUAUCGGUGAUAAAGAACUUAAAUUUGAAAAUUUUAGUGCGGCAUAUACUAAAUGGUUAAGAUGUUCUAAUGCAUGUACACAUUUAUAUCUCGCUUAUUUACGAGAAAGAGCUUGUUCUGCUAGCCUUCCACCUCGUUUAAACAUUUUAUUAGAUGGUUAUGUACAAUUUCGUAAAAAAUCAAGAUUUUCUCCAGAUUAUCAACAUCCAUUAGCCGAUAUUACCAUUGAGGAUUUACAAUUAAUAAUUCGACCAAAAAAACAACGUCAGAAGAAUCCACGACAAUUCGAUUCCAUGAGGAGUAGUGGAUUAUCUCGACAAGUUGAUCUUACAAAAAAUAGUAGUUCAACUAAUGGAACUCCACACCAAUCCAUCUUACUUAAUAAUGGAACCUCGCGAGGAUCCGGCGUUGUUUCGAAUAAUAAUGGAAAUGUACGACAAUCUAACGUUACAAUAAGUAACAGGCAAACUAAUUCUACAUUGUUAAAAUCAAUGCUCAAAAAUGGAGCCCAUGAGAGUGUGGCUUCUAGAGGUUCAUUAACCAUCGCUGAAAUGUUUCCAGACAUUGCUGAAUCAUUAGAAUCAUUGAGAAGAAAAACAGCUUAUCAAAAUCUGGAAAAUAUAAUUGAAGAUUCAAAUGUUGCUGCACAGAAAUGGGAUGAAUUACAAAUUAAAGGAUUUAAUGUACUUUCUGAGGAAGCCUUGAAAUUAUUCUUUUCCUAUGACGACAGAACUUCAAAUCCUUGUGCUAGUAUCGUACGAAAACGUAGUAGGAAAAGAUUUAAUAAAAAAACUUUUGAUGAACGAUUUUUAGAAAUGAUUCCUAAUAUUGAAAUUAAUCGUGAAACAAUAAGAGAUACAUUUUAUCAGAGUGAAGGAAAUAAUUCAAGAAUUUCCAUGCGAACAACUGUUGUAUGGGAUGAAUUUGAGGAGAAAGGUUUUAGAGAUUCAUUAGGUACUAAUUCAAAUCUCCUUAGUCUUUGUUCUACUUUAGGAAAAUCAUCGGUUUCUAUACCUAUUUCCGAAUUAACUGAGGCAACAAAUACCGAUAUAACCAAUACUGAUGUAACUAAUCCUGAAGUAAUUAAUCCUGAAGUAAUUAAUCCUGAAAUAAUCAAUACUGAAGUAACCAAUUCUGAGAUUAACGAACCGCAAACGCAUUUUGAAGAAGAAAUACGAUUACGAACCCAAGAAAGAUCUCGACCAAUUAAUCGACAAGGUAAACGGAAAAAUAAUAAAAUCUUUAGAAAGACUAUUUGCUUUUUAUGUUUACGACCUGGAUCGGGUGUUUCUGGAUUUUCCGUUACCAUGGAAACGGACGAAGAUCAAGAUGAAACGAAUCCUAUGAAUUCUCACGUGACCAUAGAACCUAUUAACAAUAAUUUCCCAUACAUGUGGGUCGAAUCUAGUGCUAAUGUAAGAAAUGAAAAAGAGCCUUGGGAAUGGGUCUUUGUCGAACCUCGAGAUGAGAGACACGAAAGAGAAUGGAUAAUGUUUGAAGAUAAAGGAAAAUUCCUUUCUGAACGAGAAAAAGAAAAAGAAAAACGUAAAUCACGUAAAAAAUCUCUUUUGAACACUUUGAAUACAAUGAUGCCAUGGUCAAAAUCCAAUCGUCGUAACAAUUCUGAUACAAUAGAAUUUAGUCCUCAGGAACAGGAUAAUGAUUAUGACUAUGAUGACGAUAGUAUUAUAGGUCCAAACAAGUUUAUAAAUAAGAUAAAUACUUCGGGUCGACCAAGCCCAACAGGAAUUAUAUCGGAUAUGAUAGAUAAUGGCGAAGGAGAUAACGAUAACAAUUCUACAUACAGUGAAUCACGUUCACCAAAUGUAAUUAAACGAAAUAUACUUUCAUUAGGAUAUGAUAAUAUUUCAGUUUCUUCAUUAGCAUUUAAUCAAGAACAAUAUAACGAACAAUCAUAUGUAUUAGCUAGCAGAAGACUUUUACAAACACAACAAUAUCCACCUUAUCGCGAGAGACCAUCAUAUCAGAUGCCAGUUAUACAACCAAAAAAACCCGAAACAAAUAGGGAAAGGGAAAUUAAAUUUUGGUAG